AUGCUUCAGGACAAACAAAAGGAUAUUGAUGCAUUAAUUAUAGUUAAUAAUGUUUUAUCAACUAAAUCUAAUUACUACAAAACACAUUGGUUUUCAAAGUUAUUUGAUGAAACUUCUGACUGGUUAAAGGAUUUAAUUAUUGAUUUUGUUGACCAACAUACACCUGAACCACUUAGACAAUUCAUAAAAAUUUCUGUA